AUGACAGACCCCGACGAUAUCGCCCACCAAGCCAUCAGCUCAUACUUCAUCGGCCCUGGAGCGGAGAAUCUCGACCACUUCAAAACAAACAUCGACAAUAUCCUAACGGAAGUAAAGAACGCCAGAGAUGCUUACUUUCCUGAGUCACCGAGAUUCAUCCCCGAAGACAUCCGCAGCACCGAAGAGUUCGUUCGCCUGACGACAAACUUCCGAAAUGCAGUCCAAAAGGCAGCACAUCUGAUGGGCAAGCACUCCGUCCCGUUCUGGUCCCCACGAUAUGAAGCGCAUAUGGCGACCGAUUGUACAAUGGUCUCUUUGCUGGGGUACUUUAUGACCAUGCUUUAUAAUCCGAAUAAUGUGGCCAUCGAGGCUAGUCCGUUCUCUACGGCUGCGGAGAUCCUGGUCGGCGAGCAGCUUUCUAGGAACCUGAAGUUCUACCCACUGUCGCUAUCUUUGGCUAUCCAGGAAGGAGACCUGCAUUUUGUGGCAGAGAGUUUCGAAAUUGAGACUUGCAGCGGGACAAUGAAACAAUUCACGAAGUUGUCUACCUGGGAACUGCUAAAUCUCAAACCAGACACUAUCCUGGAUAUACCCCAAAUGCUGAAUGAUAAGUGGGGCAUCUCACCUACAUUUAUUGAAGACGCCAUGAAAAAAUACAACGUCCAGUCAAUUGGAAAGGCGUUGUUGGAACAGCGAUUCCAUAUUCAAAAGCCUAUCCGCUACAUGCUCAGUACUACCCGGCAUUACUCGUGGCCUAAAGGAGGUGCAAUCACCGGCAUCGGCUCGGAAAACAUCCUCGGCAUCAAAGUUGACAACGAAGCGCGUGUCGACCUAAGCGAUCUCGUUGCAAAGUUAGAGCAGAGCCUGGAGAACCAGCAAGCUGUUUACGCAGUAGUCGCCAUCAUAGGCUCUACCGAAGAAGGGGCUGUUGAUCGACUAAGCGAAAUCCUCAGGAUCCGUCAACAGUUCCAGCGAAAAGGCUUAUCUUUCCUAGUCCAUGCCGAUGCUGCAUGGGGCGGAUAUUUUGCUAGUAUGUUGCCUCGCAAGAUCAUGGCCCAGACUGCAGAAGAAGACCCGUUCGAAGGGGUCGAGACAAGUAGUGAAGGGUUUGGACCGGACCUAAGCUUGAAGGUGGACACGCAGGAAGACUUGUUGGCGUUGAACAAACCUGGAGCAGCGGCCAUGUCAACUUGGCUCUCCAACCAGUGCAUUGGGCUCGGCGAGGACGGGUACGGAGCCCUUCUAAAGGAGGUUUCCUUCACAAGUAAUCGGCUCGCCGCUCACUGGGCAGCAAUGACCACUAGCACAGAUUCCUUCAUCUGCGUUCCCCUCAAUCGGCUCCCUGCCGAGAUAAGCGGUGGAGACGUGGAGGCGCAGAAGAAGUUUAUCCGCGACGAGAUCCUGUGCAAGUCCAAUGCAGAAAUUAUUGCCAGCGAUGCGGAGAAGCACACCAUGACGCUGCUCCGAGCCCUAGGUUCAGAUCUAAAUAUCAACGCCUUUGCGAUUAAUUGGCGCUAUCCAGACGGGACUAUCAACGAUGAUAUCGAAGAGGCGAACUAUUUGAUGCAGCGUGUCCUCAAGCGGUUGUCGAUCAGCACGCCCAAUGAUAAACCCACUGAUAUCGACUUCUAUCUCACGUCGACCGAGUUCAAACACGAGGAGUAUGGCACCUGCGCCGAGAACUUCAUGGAUCGUCUCGGCAUUGACGUGUGCAAGCAAAAUCUGAUGGUGCUGCGCAAUGUGGUCAUGAGUGCCUUUCCAACAGAGAAUGACUUUAUGAGAAAAUUGAUCAAGCGAUUUCGGAUUAUCGUGGAGGAGGAAGUCGAGGUCUGCCGGCAACGAAACGCUGUUGGUCCCACUGAACAUAGUUUCAUCAUGCAGGGUGCAGAUGAGAUGUUCCUGGUAUAUCAACCGUGCUUUCAAGAGACUAAACACCGCCGUCAACUCAUCCUUCGUGCCCGCCUCGGAACGGAGGACUUGAAUAAAUACCUUAAAGUCAAAGGCUCUAGCGAUGCAGUCAUUCUCAGGUCCUCAGAUCAAACAUCUCUUGAGUCAUUACUGAACGAGGUUAAGGGAAAUAUGCCAGCAAUCUUCAAGGGAGCCUUGUUCAACUCAGCAGGCAAGCGAGCCGGGCAAAUCAAGGUGAGCAUCACACGAAUAAUUAAAAACCGCUCCCUAAGCUCCCGAAACCGCGAUACAAAGUACCCAAAUACAUUCAUGCCGUUUUACCUAUAUGGCACGGGGACGCAGCGCCACAUUUCGCAUAUGCUGCUAAAGUCUCCCAACAUCGAGCUCUCUGCAGGAAACGUGAAACUCGAGUUGGACGCCGAAAUCGACGACAGCGAGCUUUCGAGGGGUGCUAUCCUCUGCUUCACUCACGUUCAUGAAGCACCUAUGCAGCCAUUUUCCGUCCGAAAAGGUAGGCUGCCGCGCGGCUUCUUCUUUCGAUCCGGCCAGAAGUUCCAGGUCAAGGUGUGGCGUGACCUGAAGAAGGCUGAGGAAUCAGGGCCGUGCCUUCUACCUGAUACAUUGAAGGCUAUGGGGCCCGAACUUGCGGCGGGGACGAUAGAGCUGAGGGAUGACAUUUACGUAGAUUCGGAGGGUGUUAAUAAGGAUCCUUUCGAUAGGGUGUCUGGUGAUGGAGAAGAUGAUCAGUGGCGGGAGUUGUUCCAGGAGAUCAAAGAUCAAUUGGCACCGUAG